CCGAGGCUGGCCCUCCAAGGAAGCCCUUGGGAUUUCAUCUGGAUGCAAACGUUCUCCUGGCUCUGGGAUACUUGGACUUGGGACGGGUCGGGUCUGUCAGCGGGAGGCACCUGAAUCUCUGAAAACACUGGGUUUCUACUGGGGGCCAAUCUGAGGACUACAGCCCCAGAGCAGAGCUUCGCGCAACCUGGCAGCAGUGCUCAGCUUUGGGGAAGUGAGGGGCUUACAGAGGCGAAAGAGCGAGCAAAGGUACACGUGGUCCAGCAGAAGUUACCACAAGGGGGCAUACCCUCCUUCCACGAUUAACAGUUUUACAUCAAAUGGAAAAAAUGUACAAGAUAAGGUUGGGUCUGGUCUUGAACAUCUUUGAGAUGCAUUUGAUCUGGAUGAGGGAAGCCCAGGCACCGUUUUCUGAAACCACUGACCUUUAGAUGAGACGUUGUGGGUUGUACAUACGUGAGCAUCCCCCACGGCUGCCUGAGAAGGAGCCAGAGAAGAUGCUUUGCCUCCAGGGGUCCCGGGAGUAGAUCAGACCACGUGGGAGGUCUCCGUGUCUCACCGUCCACGGAUCGGAACCUUAAUUACAUCCGCAGAAUCCCUUUUGCCCUGAGAGGUGGCAUCCUCACAGCCCGCAGCUCGGGGUUGCUCUGGGAAACCUGCUGCCCCCAUUGUGACAGGACGGCCCACGGGCGGACCUGCAACAGGCAGGUCACAAGGACAGAAGGCAGCAGUGUGACAGGACGGCCCACGGGCGGACCCUGCAACAACAGGUCACGGGACAGAAGGCAGCAUUGUGACGUCACAGCCCAUGGGCGGACCCUGCAACAGGCAGGUCACAGGACAGAAGGCAGCAUUGUGACUUCACGGCCGGCUGUGGCUUGUGCUCCUGGAUGGUGAGUCAGCAAGGCCGCUACCUCCUCCCAAGCUCAGUGGGAGUGUAUCCUGGCCACCGAGGACUGUCGGGACCACCAGAAGACCAAGGCUGCUGCCCUGCGUGUGGCUGUCACCUUCCUGCCUGGCCCCCAUGACCCUCAUCCUCCAGAGCGGCCUGGCGUGGUGAGGGGCAAUGCCAGGGGCCAUGGACACGGGCCAGGCGUCCGGCCCGAGCAGUACUGGCGAUGGCGACAAGGACAGAUACCUGCAGGUGCUGUUACAGGAACUCUGCCAGCUCCAGGCCAAGCAGAGGAAGCUGAAGAGAAAGGUGGAGAAGUACAAGCUUUUUGAAGACUAUCUGAUUAAGGUCCUUGAGAAAAUCCCCAAGGGUUACAAUGAAGGGCAGGAGACGGAGGAGGCUCAGGAGGAGGCCUUGGUGGAGGCCCUGGUGGAGCAUUAUGGGAAGCUCUUCACCGUCAGCCAGGACAUCCAGCAGCACCUGGAGGCCUUCUCCAAGAUGAGCCAGGCUGUCCACCAGAGCCUGGAGUCCCUGGAGGAAAGCCAUCGAGCUCUUAUUCCGACCCUCAAGAUCCGGCUGUGCCAGCUGCAGAAGAGGUGUCACCGCAGGCAGGAGCUGCAGUGGCAGUCGGGACAUGGUGUCACCUUCCAGAAAGACACGGGCAGCCAUAAUGUGGGAAGCAAGGCUGCCGCAGCUGAUUGCCACCCCAGAGGCCUGAAGUCCAGGACGCAGGCGCUGCCCGGAGUGAGGAGCGCUGGGUGCCUCCAGGCCCCUGCCCAGCCCCUGCCCCAGAGCCAGCUGCUCAACUAUAUGCAAAUGGCCAUCGACAACAUGGCCCAGCAGUGCUGCUCCUCUGACUGUGUGGAGCCCAAGAGCAUGGGCCUCUUCUCCAAGCUCGACCUGAUUCAGAAAUUUAUAUUGGACAAAAUGGAGACCGUGAAAUUUAUCGUACUGCUCAUGGAACCCCGUGUGUGCUGGACAGGCGGUAGACACAAAGACCAGGGAUUCAGAAGUCACCCCAGACCCUUCAGGAAAUGUCCGACGAGGCAAGAUAUCAUCCCAAGGGCCCCCGUUCCCACCACCGAGCCUUCAGAGUGCUCCUACCUGCGCUGACCCGCCGACGGCCACCGGGCCGGCCGGCAACACGACCAUCUCCUGACCUGCUUGGCCUCCUUUUCUCACCACCAGCGCCCUUGAGUGGGUGGGAGCCAGCCUGGGGGCAGUGAGCGAAUGGGUGGGGUCCUGGGGCCAGCUGGGAUGGGGCGCUGUUCUCUAUGAUGGGGGGUUGACAGGGAUGAGAUGAGGUCUGCCUGGGACCAUGGGGAAGAGAGAGGGGUUCCUGAGUCAGAGGCAGCAGCCAGGUGGGAAGUCCCAGGCUGGAGACCAGCAGCCAGGAGCCAGGACUGCCUGUGUCACCGGUGGGUUCACCUGAGACCAGCUCUGCCUGGCUGGCUGGAUGCCUGAGUCACAGACACUCUUGUAAAGAGCCGCCCAGGGCUGUAGGAUGCAGGAGAGCCCGCCUUGCACGCAGCAGACUGGGGAGCACAGAGGGCUGGAGUACUGAAUUGGGGGGGCGGCAUUUCAUUACUGGUCCCAGAAUCUGAAUUCCAAGUCAGUGCCUUCUGCCCACCCCUGAGGGUCCGGGAGAGGCCAGAAAGGAGUGCUAGUCUUCGGGAGGCCUUGGCACGGCCAAGCCCCUCUCCGGCCGGUUUUCCCACCUGUCAUAUUGGGCGAGAGGGUCUCAGGGAGGCCCUUCCCCAGGUUCACAUUCUAGGUCAAGGCUGGAAAAGCUUGGUCUGCACGGAGGGCGCUCAUUUGGUUUUAUUGUGUCGCUGGGGUCAACUCAUCCCAGCAACCAGCGUGGCUGUGAAAAGAAUUCUCCGCUGGAGGUCUGCCUGCCAGUGAGAGCUGGUGUAGGUGACAGUUGAAAGUUAAGAGGAGCCGUUUAGCGGCCAACUGCGGUAAAGCAGCAAACGAACUGUCAAAGGGGCGUUUCAGAAAAGAUGCUGCUACUCCCUCCACAAACGCGGAGGUCUGCUGUAUUCCAGGUGCUGCUGGG